CGGUCUUAGGCCUGGGACCAGAAGCCCCCUCCCGACCGCGCUACGGAGCCCGGCGCUCAGGUCCCGCAGGCCGCCUCGCUGGGACCUCCGGAGGCUUCCUCUUCUUCUCUUCCCCCUGUGCUCUCUUAGGCGGCUCCACGGGUCGCAUCUUUCAGUGCCCAGAUAGACUGAAGUACGGCCAAGCGGAGUUCAUUCACUAUUCAGCCAGUACUUGGGCGUCGCCGUGGCCGGGCGCCCUUCUAGGCUCCGCGCAUCCCGUGAAGAAGGACCGAGCCCUGUUCUCACGGAGGGUUGAUGUGCUACCUCAAUGAAACCCAUAAUUUGACAUCUGAAACUUUACUACAUAUGCAGACACUGUAUAGUUUCCACCUCAUGAAAACAAGUGAAAAUCUCGGCUUUCACUGGAUCCACUCUAGCAGGGCCGGGUCUGAGAAACAGGCCAAUUACAGGAGAAUGCUGAGGCGAAGGCACGUGAAACUGCACCCGGCACUCCCCUCGCAGCCUUCAGAAGGGCUGGGCACACACUGAGGGCGUUACAGAAACGGUCCCCGGUGGCAUAUAGAUCUCCAGCCUUGGGCAGGCUCUGCUCAGUCCCUGGAUGAAGAAGCCUGGAGGUUCCUGAGAUAUAUCAGCACCACCCAGAUUGCAUGCAAUCACAUGAAUACAGACAGCCUGGCUACUGACUCUAGUCCUACACACAAGCCCUGGUCAGUGUGUCUUGACGACAGGUUCAAUUUAGCUCAUCAAAUCCGCAACAAGCAGUGCCGCCUCUACUCCUUAGGGCUAGGAAGUGAUGAUACCCAUUUUGAGGUUAGCAUGGCCAACAACGGAUGUGAAGUGCAUCGUUUUGAUCCUAGUCUCAAGUCAGCUCACAUUCUGGAGAGUCAGCACCUUUGGUAUCACCGCUUGUCCAUUGACUGGCGGGAUCCCCAUCCAGCUGUUGCUGCCCAAAAACCACAUAGCAACACCAGAAAACUGGGAAGCAUUUUGAAUGAAUUUGGACAUCACAAGAUUGACAUUCUCAAGGCAGAUCUGGAAAGUGCAGAAUGGAAAGUUUUGGAAAAUCUUAUUCUGGAAGAUGUUCUUGAGCAGAUUGGACAGCUCAUCUUUGAGAUCCAUCUCCACUGGCCUGGGUUUGAGGUCAGUGGCAGUGACAGCAGCGUUGUGCGGUUCUGGUACAGCCUUCUCAAAGAGUUAGAACAAAAGGAUUUCAGGCUUUUUCACAGUUACAAAGAUUUAUCUAAACCUCAGCUAUUCUUGAAGAAAGACAUUUUCAAUGCAAGUAGCUGUUAUACUCUGAGUUGGGUGAAUACAAGAUGGAAAUAGGAUGCAGGAUGUCAUCAAGAGCACAAGAAAAUAUUUGCAGAAUGGAGCAUGUCCAUGAUUCUAAUCAUGAGUUUACUCAUCCAGUCUCCUGCUAGCCUGUGCCCUGCUUGAGGCAGGGAGUGUGUUAUUGCAGGGCAUGCAGCCUAGUGCUUGGCAUGUGAUGGGGCACAGUCAAUACUUGUUAAAGGGAUAAACAGUCACCCCUAUUUGCCCAGACUCUUCCUUCACCUUAACUUGGAAGAUUAUCCCCAACUCAUCACAGUUUUCCCUAAAAUUCUCUAUGUAUCUAUAAUCUAUGAAUUCACCAACAUUGAAAUGAAAUUAUAUAAAUUUCCUAUUUUUACUAGGUUGGUGAUAUUUUUAAGUUCUUCCCCUACUGUUUAAAAUAGGGUUUUAAACUUGAAUUUGACCCUCCUUUUUCAAGGUCUUUCUUAUUUACCUUGUUAAUGAUAUUCUUUACAACCUUGUAGAUUUCAGUCAUUCCUUCUCAGCCUUUGCUGAGGCCAUGCUGUGGCUUUCUAAGCAGCAAUACUUCUGAUUUCUGGGAACUCGGAUGCACCAAAUUCUGUCACUGAGUUAAAGAGACUAGACUAUCAAGAGCUUCAACUCGAAGGUGUAAGUUCCAGUUCGAGACCAAGUCUGAAGGUCUUGACCUCACCAAGACCCAUGUCCCAGCUUGAAGACAGCCAGACAGAGAAUUAAUUCUCCCUUACUGCCUUAGGUUCUAUUCAGGCCUUCAACCGGUUGAAUGAGGUCCACUCACACUGAGGUGAAGAAUCUGAUUUAUUUAGUCUACUGAUUUAAAUAUUAAUCUCAUCUAGAAAUAUCCUCACAGAUACACCUAGAAUAAUGUUUAACUAAAUAUCUGGACACCCUUUAGUCCAGUUAAGUUGACACAUAAAAUUAACCAUUGUAGGUAGGUAGGUAGAUAAAUAGAUAGAUGAUAGAUAGAUAGAUAGAUAGAUAGAUAGAUAGAUAGAUAGAUAGAUAAAGAUAGAUUUUCCUACUGGCAUGUUUCACCAUUUUCUUGACUCACAUAUUCUGGUUUCCAUCUGGCUCCUUCGGUCUGUGCUCUCCUCACUGAAGUAAGGCCUUUAAUGAUUACUUCAUUAUAAGUCCAUGAGUAAUAUGAUUUGGCUACGUCCCCAACCAAAUCUCAUCUUGAAUUGUAGUUCCCAUAAUCCCCACAUGUUGUGGGAGGCACCUGGUGAGAGGUAAUUGAAUCAUGGGGGUGGUUUCCUCCAUGCUAUUCUCAUGAUACUGAGUAAGUUCUCAUGAGAUCUGAUGGUUUUAUAAGAGGUGUCCCCCUUCACUUGGCUCUCAUUUUUCUCCUUCCUGCUGCCAUGUGAAGAAGGAUGUGUUUGCUUCCCCUUCCACCACGACUGUUAAGUUUCCUGAGGCCUCCCCAGCCAUGCUAAACUGUGAGUCAAUUAAAUCUCUUUCCUCUAUAAAUAACUCAGUCUCAGGUAUAUCUUCAUAGCAGUGUGAGAAUGGACUAAUACUUUGGGUAUUACACUUUUUAGAUUUUACGUAUUUGAAAAAGCACUUGCUUUUUAUACCUGAAUAAAGUUUAUUUGUUCACAGAGAAAAAAAAAGAGCUUCAACUCAAGAUGCUUUUUAUACUCAGCCUUAAUUCCCCUUCACUUCCUAUUAAACUAAGCACAGAGCAGAAUCUGGGUAUCUUUGCUGUUGCCUCUUCUGCCUUCAAACAUGAUUUACCACCCACAGACUUGCCUAUGCUGUCAAAUCUUUUUUUAAAAAAUACAUUAUCUCUAAUAAUGUUAAGUGCAUUUUUCUUUACUCCCAGUUGGCAUCAUUUACACGAUUGUGGCCUGAGGACCAUCGUCUCACUUUCGUAGGAUAGUUAGACAGUUUUUCAAUAGCACCGAUCCUUUCUACAUUAAAAGUUAAGUAGAAAGUUUAGGUUCUCAGCGGUUCAAAUGCUCUCCCUCAUUACUAUUUACAGGAUUAAACAUGUGCAUAAUUUCCUAAAAUUCUAUUUCAAAUAAAUAGCAUAAAAACCACAUUAUUACCUUAUUGUCAAUUAAAUAUAUUUUUUGGCAUUUUUAUAUCCUGAGUAUAAAACUGUAUGUACAUUGCUCAAAAACUGGGGGGAGAGAGUAGAAUGCCGAUUAUUACUAGACUUUACCCCUUUUCCCAAUUUUGUACUUCCUUCUACCCUCAGACAUUCCCCAGGUUGGCUCUUUGUUUCUUGAAGUGGUUUGAAAAUGCCAUUCCUCAAGUGAGAAAUCAAAUCAUAUUAGACUUGGAUGACCUCACUAGCUUGAGUUGAAAAGAGAACAGGACUUUCUGAGUUAGUUGUGAUAAUUAAAAAAUAUAUACACAUGAGCUUUUUAUUUUAAAACUCAUAGUCCACUAAUAAAAGUUGUUGAGCUGA